GAAAAGUUAGGGAAGCGUAAUUUCGCAGAAUUUGGCUUUUCAGUUUUGGUUUAAAAAUAGCGCUUUUACCGACGUAGAAACUUGUUUUCAUCCAAUAAUCUGUUCCUUUUUUGAGACCAAAACUUUUUUGAAUUUUGUCGGUUUCACAUUUUCUUGGAGUCAUUUCAAUCCCUUUCAUUUCAUUUUGUGCCACAAUUCAACUAAUUAUCGUCUUAAAUGGGUGGAAUGGAUAAGAAUAGUGAUAAUUCUGAUAAAACAAUAUUCAAAGUGAAAUUUCUUGGUGAAUAUCAUGAUGUUGUUAUCGAUUGGUCAGAUGAAAGUCAUGAAUAUAAACAAGUACAAUUAUUUAAACAGCUGGAAUCAAUAACUGGAAUCGCUAACAAAUAUAUAUGUCAGGUUGAUUUAGAGGCAGAUAAUCAGGAUCCAUUCCUUACAGAAAAUCCAGACUCUGAAUAUUUUUAUUCAAUCGUCUUACCAAAUGACUUUACGAAAGACAGGAUCUACAACCAAUACAUUCAUGAUGACGAGAUCUUGGUUUUGCGUUAUCACCCAGUUUACGAUUCCAGAAGAGUCGAUAAUUAUCUUUUUUGUUAUUAUGAAUUAACAAAUGAAAACAUGAUUCGUGAAGGAGUUUGUUCCAUGUAUGGUCGCUACUGUCCACAUCUUCAGUCUAAAACUGUUUUCAACAAAGUAAAAUACGUCUUCUCGGAUGAAUUUCAAUCAAAAAUUAUUGAUCGUAUUGGCUCAUCAAAUAGUUCUCCUGUAGAAAGAUUUCUCAUGGAAUUCAAUGUACAACAAUAUUUCAGAUUUAUUUGUACAGAAACCCUUAGACGCUGGCCAAUGCGAUUUAGACAAAGAUUUGCUCUUUAUCUGAGAAAUCGUGGUUAAAAUCUAAUUGAUGAUUUGUUUAUUUGAAUAAAUUGUCAGUCGACUA